CCAAAAAAGGGAUGAAAAGAAACCAUUUAGUAAUAAAGGUUUGAUUACAAUCAUUGAGUCCCAAUGCUGCUUUCAUCCACAUAAUUCUAUGUAAGUGGUUCUAAGUGUUGGGCCACUUAGUUCAAGGUCUAAUUGCGUUGGAAAAUUGAAGCAUGAAUGUGUUGAGCAGUCUCCCUGGAGUCAAACCAUAUCUCGUGCAGUUUGUAGCUCUAGUAGAGAGGAGGUGUCAAAAAACAAUUUGGCAAAGUGCUGAGGCUGUAGAUCCUACUAUGCAAAAUUAGUGUGCUGUGCCUUAAAAGAGGGGACACCCUAGUUUUCAAAGGAAUCAAGAGCACGGGUUAAAAUACCCAUGAAAGCCUGAUUACUUUAAAUCUGAAAAGUUAGCUAGCUGAUGAGCAAACAACCCAGAAACUACAUACACCUGACUGAUUGCCCAUUACCUAACCUUCCCCUCGUGUUGUGUCACAACUGACCGCUGAUAAAACCAGCCUUUUUUCAGCACUUGCUCACCUCAGCACCCCAAGCAGUGACCUCUGGUGCAUGCCCUGGAAUCCUGGCAGCCUCUUAAUCUUACGCAGGCAACCAUCCUGGUCCCUUAAGGCUAGGUCCCUUCCUCUGCAGGACUGGCCUGCAACCCAGUAGAGCGGAGCCCGUAGCCCCAGGCGACAGGCGCCUAGCAACCAAUGCGCGCAUUGGACGGGCGUGGCUGCAGCUGCCCCGGGCCGGGCGGAGCUGAGCCACGCUGCCCAGCAUCGCAGGGCUGCCGGCCGCUGAGCAUGAGCAUGCUUGUCCUGAGAGCAGCUCCCGUGCGAGUGCGCGGCCGACUGCCUCGUCCCACCACUGUGGACAGCACAGCAACGUGGCCGGGCUGGGCCAGGAGCUCGAGUCGGCACAGGGCCGCCGCUGGCUCCCGCGCUGCCCGUUACCCCCACUGCAGUCGUCGCUGGCAGAACUACCCCCCUUUUUACCACGGGCCCGGCACCACAAGAAGCCCUUCCUCUCAUACGAGGAGCUGCAGGGACACAUCUCAUUUUCAUCAGAUUUGAAAGAAGAAGAAAAAAUGUCUGUGUUAUAUCCUGAAAUCAAAUUUGAGACUUCUAACUUCACCAGAAGUUCCCUGAACACUUAUUUUCUUUUUGAGAGUAGUUGGAAGAAAGCAAUUUUAGAAACCGAGAAGAUGAGGAAAGAAUAUCCCUCAGCAUUUGGUCUGGAAGAGUUCAAAGAAUGUGUCAAGAUGCCAUAUUUACCAGUAUUGCCAACAUGCCAAAAGAGUGUAAGUUCAACUCCACUGGAGAAUCAUAAACAACUGCUACACACGGACACCCAGAUGCCUACAGUCAGCUAUUCUAGUGAGAACAUGUCAAGUUGCCUGCAAGUAUUUUAUUCUCCUCUGCACAUCGCACAGCGCCCUGUGAAAGAACAAUUUUGGCAAAGCAGGAUAAAGAAGACAAAGGGUACAUGUGCCAUGGUACCACUUCAGGAGAAAUCAAAAGAUUCUAAUUUCAGUGACCCUGUUACUGGAGCACCAGUUCAGUACUUACAAAGACUUUCCAAAAUGGCUCUUUUGGAGUUUAAUACCAUUCGUCAGGAAACAAGUAAAAAAUCAAAAAAAGGCAAGAAGCGAGAGUUACGAGACUGCUGAUAAAUACCAUACGGUGUGAUGCUUUCUUCACUGCUUUUUAAGGUUUAUAGUUGCUUUUUUUUUUUGAUAUGUGAUAUGAUGUGCAAUGAUUUACAUAAAAAUGGAAAUGUAAAUAGGAAAUAAAUAUUUUAUGUUAUACGUGGAAUGGUUUGUAUUUUGUUAACAUCACAAAGAGCCAUUUAAAUUAAGGGAAUAUACGCAUUAGAGAAAUUAUAUUCCCUGAAUUUUAUGCACAUUGAUUUUUUCCUUUAGAUUUAAUUGACUCAACAUUAUUUGAGUACCUGUCUGUGCAAUGAACUGUGCUGCAGAAAGUCUUCCUGGAAGACAAAAGAAGACGGAAAGAGGAGGAGAGUCCGUGUCCUUGCAUGUUUUAUAUUAAUUUACACAAAUACACUAUUAAUAUGUAUGUGUGUGUCUGCAUUAUUACAAUGGAUUAGUUCCUAGGAGGAUAACUAAUUUAAAUGGAUUUGUUUAUAUUUUGAUUGGGAUCAUAUGAGAAUAUGUGAAUUUUCAAAAUCAUAUAAAUUUUGAUUGAGAAUGAUUUAAAUACUACCUAUACUUAAAAGGUAUUCUCAAUAAAAAUUUGGUGACCUCUCUUGAACGAGCACUUCUUUGACUGUCAGGUGGAUUUCAUUUAUUGAACUACCAUGUCCUCUUGACAUUUAGUAUUAUUUAUUAACCUUAUGAAGACCUUAAAAAAUAAGAUGAUAUUAUUCCUGUUUUAUAAAUGGAAUAAAUUGAGUGUCUUUGUUUUAUACCAUGUCUCUAGCUAGAAAGUGGAAGAACUAAGAUUCUAACCUACUAGGAUUCAAAACUCCCAUACAAAACUUCAUGGCAUAAUAAUUUUUAAAACCUUAAGUUCAGUUGAUAAAGUCAUGAUUUAAUUCCUUAAAAUUUAGGGCAAGGUAACACUUCCACAGGCAAAAAUAUUUCUUAAUAUUGAGUUGAGUUUGCAAGUUCUGACAUUGACACAUCUUGGAGCAUUUAUACUGGUAAGUGGAGACCAGGAUUAUGUACAUGGAUAACCAUGUCUCCCUCACCCCUCCAUCUGCCCCAUGAAAGAGUUCACUCAAGUCAGUUCAAGAAAGGAGUAGAAUGUUUAUGGAAUGUUUAUUUCUUUUUAAUAAAUGAGAUGUGCUGACAAUAGUUAAUCACCUUUUCAGCCUUGGAAUCAAAUAACUUAUGUUUUUCAUUAAAUCUUAAAAAAAAAAAAACCCCACAGGCUCUACUUCCUUAGAUCACAUUUAAUAUUUUGUUUCCUCAAGAAGUUUUUAGAAAAACCAGUAUGUAUUUAGUGCACAGAAGACACAAAUCACCCCCAAGUAAGAUUAACCUAAGAUUUAGAGAUAAGGGUGAGAGGUAAACUUUUGACACUGCAACCACCAUGCAUAUUACAUUUAUGUUUGGGAUUGAAGACAGUCUUGCCAGAAAUAAACCUUUUGCAUUUGGGAUCUGGAAAACCCCUCCAGUGUAAGCAAUAUCAAUCAUAACCACGGAGAUCUGUACCUUCUGAUAAAUAUUUAGGAUGGGAAGAUGGAGUCUUGAUUUUUAAACUGAGAAAACACUUCUUUAUUAAGAAUAAUUAUUUCAGUGAAGGACAAAUUCUGUCAAUGAAGUUCCAAUGAAAUUUCCUAAGACUCAUUUUCUUUUCUCUAAUUCUCUGCUCACCAGGCAACCUUCUCAUAUAUAAUUUAGAUUCCCAAAUGAAUAUAUCCAUUAAAAAGCAAUGCCUUGGGCUGGGGCUGGGGCUCAGUGGUAAAGCGCUUGCUUCGCAUGUGUGAGGCACUGGGUUCCAUCCUCAGCACCACAUAAAGGUAAAUAAAGAUAUUGUGUGUUCAUCUACAACUAAAUAAAUAUUUUUUUUUAAAAAAGCAAUGCCUUCUCUGGAUGAUAAGGCUUAGAUCUGGGAAUGUGUGUGCUAUUUUGGUUUUUGGAGACAAGACUUUGGUUUUUGGAGACAAGACUUUGCUAUGUUGCCAAGGCUGACCUGGAACUUCUGAAUCUCCUGCCUCAGGCUCCUAAAUAGCUGGGAUUGCAGAUGUGAGACACAACACGCAGCACGCAUUCGUUAAAUAAUGCACCUCUAUACCCCUAUUCUAAUUUUUUUUUU